CCUCACGAUGGUUUUUGGGUUUUUUUUGGUCUGAAACGAAAGUGAAACCGUGGAAGACGAACCGGGGAACGGAGAGCGGAUCACUCGGAGCCCGAGGAGCGUCGAGUCCACAGCGAGCAGGAAGUAGGCGACACUGCACAAUUACUCUGGAGUACAACUAGAGGGCGACGAGUCACUGUGUUACACGUCAACAAGUCAUCACUGACAUUACACAUUUAACACAUCAGACAUGAGCUACCAGAGUUGCCACUGCGGUUGGUCCAAGGUCACGACAUACCAGGGCCUGAGGACUCACCAGGGAAAGAUGGGAUGCACGCCGAAGGGAAUGGGUAUCCCUGAGAGUGAACAAUUCAGAUUUAACACUCACCUUUCUUCAAUAAUCUACGAAGCACCUCGCAUACAUGUUGAAGACCAUUUGAUCUUCACCCCUCCUUUCAAGCCUGUUCGUCAACAGAACACCUGGGAAACAUCUGGCCUGUUGAACUGGACCACUCCAAUCAAGACUGAGACUUUUUCCGUGUCUCCAAACCUCGCCACUCUUCCAGCAACAGAAUAUGCAGUGACAGAGGCUCUCAAGCCAGACACAUUUAACACAUCAGACAUGAGCUACCAGAGUUGCCACUGCGGUUGGUCCAAGGUCACGACAUACCAGGGCCUGAGGACUCACCAGGGAAAGAUGGGAUGCACGCCGAAGGGAAUGGGUAUCCCUGAGAGUGAACAAUUCAGAUUUAACACUCACCUUUCUUCAAUAAUCUACGAAGCACCUCGCAUACAUGUUGAAGACCAUUUGAUCUUCACCCCUCCUUUCAAGCCUGUGAUGGGAACUCAGGACCCGUACAGAACUCCCCUGGCGCUUGAUUUCUCCAACGGCGCACAGUCGCCGCCGAGUCCGGCGUCACAGACCUUCAGCACCCAAGUUAAUCCUGCAGCCGCGGGGGUCACGGUGGAGGAGAGAAACAAUGCAGCGUUUCAGACUCCACCGCUCCACAGCGCGGCGCUCCAAACCACCGCCAACGCUCGUAGGGCGCUUGAUUUCUCCGCCUGCGCACAGCAGCCGGUGCAACAGCCGUGGCAUCUUCCAACUACCACAGCACAAGAAACAGUCAACCCAAGAGAGAGAGAGAAGGAGGCAGAGAGGGAGAAAGAGAAAGAGAGGGAGGCUCAGGAACUACAAAGGGUGAGACAAGCCCUGAUGAUUGCGGAGUUACAGCAGAACAUUCAGACGAGAGAACGAAAGACGGCGGAAGUCAGAUCAUCUGUAAAAGCCUGCAAGGGCGUCUUGGAUGCUGAGUGGCUGGAGAUCAACAGCGUGUUCUCAGAGGUGAUGAGAGUCGUCGAGGGCACCCGGCAAAAAGCCCUCCGACCGGUGGAGGAGAGGAGAAAGAGAGUGAAGAGAGAAGCACAAGAUAUGGUCCAGAAGCUGCAAAAGGAAAUUGACGAAUUAAAAAUGACCAUUGACAAGUUGCACAAAAAUCCAGACUUAAAGGUUUCACCUCAAAGUUGUGACUGGAACAACGUCACCGGCGACUCUUCAUUCUCCUUCGGCACGCUGAGAACGACAACGUCAAUCAUGAUGAAAGAAAUCCACCAGGAACUGGAAAAACUCUCAUCGGUUGAACUCAAGAGGAUUCCCACAUGUGCAGUGGAUGUAGAGCUGGAUCCAACCACUGCACACCCAAGUCUCGUCCUUUCCCCCGACCGGAAGUCGGUGGGAGACGGAGGGAAGUACCUGAAGGUUCCCGAUGGUCCACAGAGGUUUGACAUGUUCGGCAGCAUCCUGGGGCUCGACAGGUUGACCUCUGGGAAGUCCUACUGGGAGGUGGAGGUCAGCAACAAGACGGGGUGGGACCUGGGUGUGGCGAGACCCGACGCAAAGCGCAAGGGGACACUCUCGUUGAACCCGGGUAACGGGUACUGGGUCAUCGUACAUUAUGAAGAUAAAAAGUACGCAGCCCUGACGGCGCCACCCGUCAGCCUCUCCCUGCCUCAGAAGCCUCAGAAGGUCGGAGUUUUUGUGGACUACGAGGAAGGUCUCGUGUCCUUCUACGAUGUGGGGGCUAAGUCUCACAUCUACUCGUUCACCGAGUGUUCCUUCAGCGGUGGGAUUUUCCCAUAUUUUAGUCCACAUCUUAAACACAACAAUAAUAACCCUCAUCCUCUGAUUAUCUCUGCUGUCGUAGUAAAUGUAUGAAGCGCAUGCGUUACUAGUGCACUGCUAGUUAUAAUGCACCAGGAGAACAUUUUAAAAAAAAAAAAAGGUUUUCUCGCCUGAUCAUCUGAGGUGUUUGGGGAUUGAUUCCCUUUCUAAGUUUAGACUUUCCUUCUUCUUUUUAAUUAAUGAAGAGAUAAUUAGUUGUUUUUUUAUCAUUUAAAAAAUGUAUGCUAUAUAUUUUUCGCUUAAGUGGUUUCUGGCAUUUUGCACUUUUUGCAUAUUUUAUGCCAAAGGAAGAACAGUAUAAAAGUUACAUGGAGGAGAUGAGUAACAUUGAGUAACAGCAUUAUAUUAAGCGCAUUUCUUAAUGAGAUUCACAUUUUUUAACUCAUAAUAGGUGGCGUGUCUAUAUAAAACAUACGGGUACCCUUUUCCAUAAUCAGUUCAGUUCAUACUAUUAUUAGUCUAUAAUCAUAUUAUUAUCAAACUAAUGUUUUUAUAUCCAUAUACUUUUCUCCACUGUGACUAUUUUGCAAAGCUGUACAGGUUUUAUUGGUUUUAUUCUUCAGGGUAACAAAUUAAAAUAAAAUAAAAGAUGUUUGACUUUGUAUGUGUUGGUGUAACUUAAAACCAUAAUGAAACCUGUUUCCCUUCAGCUUCAGAAGCGUUCUCUUCCCCUUUGCUUUGCACUUUCUUGGAACUCGUUUUAUGCUCAUUAGUGUGGUCCAAAUUGUCACUAGAAAUAAAGAAACGGUCAAUCAUUCAAACAAA